GCGUGCAAGGUGACAUUUACAGCCUGACUGAUGAGUUGAUUAAAGUUUAGCCUGGGGUUGGUUGAAGCCUUAACAGCUAUAUGGUAACUGUCGCAUCAAAGACGUGCGUGAGACUGCAGAGCUCCAGAGCUUCCUAUUGUGGAGAGAAGAAACUGGCUGAUCCACCAGCACUAUGUGCGCAAAGACUAUGAGACCUGUAAGUAAUUGCUGUAUUUCUACAUGAAUAUGGAAAGCAUUCUGUGAAUGGAUGCUUGCAACAGUGAUCAUUAAAGAGCAACUCCAGGAAACCAAUGGGAUGUGUGAAUAUGCCAUAUAUGUUCAAGCACUAAUCUUACGUCUUGAGGGGAAGAUCCAGGAGUCCCUGGAGCUGUUUCAGAGCUGCGCCAUCCUUAAUCCCAGCAGCUCAGACAACCUCAAGCAAGUGGCCCGAUCACUAUUUCUUCUUGGAAAGCACAAAGCAGCUAUUGAGUUCUAUCAUGAAGCAGCAAAGCUUAAUGAGAAAGACUGGGAGAUCAGUCAUAACCUGGGUGUGUGUUAUUACUUCAUCAAAGAUUUCAAAAUUGCUGAGGAACAUCUAAACGCCGCUCUGCAGACAAAUAAACAUGACAAGACCUUCGUGAUGCUCGGGAAAGUUCAUCUGCUGGCUGGAGACGCUGACAAGGCCAUCGAAGUGUACAAGAGAGCAGUGGAAUUCUCUCCAGAGAACACUGAACUCCUGACCACUCUCGGCCUCCUUUUUUUGGAGCUCGGGAAGUACCAGAAAGCGUUCGAGCAUCUUGGGAAUGCCCUCACUUUUGACCCCAACAAUUAUAAGGCCAUCCUGGCCGCAGGCAGCAUGAUGCAAACCCACGGUGACUUUGAUGUGGCCAUGAACAAGUACAGAGUGGCAGCGUGCGCCGUGCCGGAGAGCCCCCCUCUCUGGAACAACAUUGGCAUGUGCUUCUUUGGCAAGAAGAAGUACGUGGCGGCCAUUAGCUGCCUGAAGCGCGCUCACUACUUGUCUCCCUUUGACUGGAAAGUGUUGUACAACCUGGGGCUGGUACACCUGACCAUGCAGCAGUACGCCUCAGCUUUCCAUUUCCUCAGCGCAGCCAUUAAUCUGAACCCACGGAUGGGGGAACUCUACAUGUUGCUGGCAGUCGCUUUGACUAAUUUGGAAGAUGUAGAGAAUGCCACCAGAGCAUACGAACAAGCUGUGAAUCUUGAUGACCUCCACAGACCCAACCCCAUGGUCAACCUGAACUUUGCAAUAUUCCUCUAUAAUCACGGAGACAAAAAGAGAGCUCUGGAUCAAUAUCAGGAGAUGGAAAGGAAAGUCAACCAACUACGGGACAGCAGUAGCAACUUUGAGUUUGAUCUGGAGCUGAUGGACAUGGCUCAGAAGAUGGGCGCUGUCCUGCAGGUAACAGAUACUCUGGUUUGGACUAAACCCAGCAAGGACUCCAAAGCCAAGCCUCACUCUGCAGCAGCAGCCAAAACCCCGGGAGUUCCUCUCGGCACCAACCAAGCUCUGGGUCAGGCCAUGUCUUCAGCUGCCAGCUACAACAAGAACAUCCAGCUAACAACAGGCGUUUCCAAAGGCCCCUCCACAUCUCUAGAGCCAGAGCCUGAUGUAGAAAACGUCCCCAGCCCACCGACUGACCCUCCAGGCUGUCCAGAACCUGAAGAUCCAGAUGGGUCCAAACCCAGAACCUCUAAGAGGAGAUCUAAGGAUGGAUCGGUGGUGGAGGGUGGACAGGCAGGCGGAGGCUGCUGGGGAAUCCAGGUAAUUGCUGUAGGAGCAGCCCAGGGAGCAGCAAGGAGGCUAGGGAGGAAUCCAGAGCGAACGUCUGAGUGUUGGGAUGAGGAUCCAGGCGAAGACCUCCAGGAGGGACGACAAGAAACAAGCAUGUAGGAUAAGAUAAAGUCA